AUGACUGUUCCAGAUGAAGUUGAUAUUAUUGUGUGUGGUGGUGGGAGCUGUGGAUGUGUUGUUGCUGGCAGAUUGGCCAAUCUUGACCACAAGCUUCAGGUUCUCUUGAUUGAGGGUGGAGAGAGUAACUUGAACAAUCCAUGGGUUUACAGACCAGGAAUCUAUCCGAGGAACAUGAAGCUGGACAGCAAGACGGCUUCAUUUUACUACUCCCGACCCUCAAAAUGGCUGGGAGGCCGCAAGGCAGUCGUUCCUUGUGCCCACAUCCUCGGAGGUGGCAGUUCCAUCAACUUCAUGAUGUAUACGAGAGCUUCUGCAUCGGAUUACGAUGACUUCCAAGCCAAGGGAUGGAAGACUGAGGAGCUGAUUCCACUCAUGAAGAAGCAUGAGACUUAUCAGCGUGCCUCCAACAACAGGGAUAUCCACGGCUUUGAGGGUCCAAUCAAAGUCUCUUUCGGAAACUAUACGUAUCCUAUCAUGCAAGACUUCCUCAGAGCUGCCGAGUCUCAGGGUAUUCCUACAACCGAUGAUCUGCAGGAUCUUGUUACUGGACAUGGCGCUGAACAUUGGCUUAAGUGGAUCAAUCGAGAUACUGGUAGACGAAGUGAUUCGGCUCAUGCUUACAUCCAUUCAACUCGAGCGGUACACUCAAAUCUGCACCUCCAAUGCAACACCAAGGUUGACAAAGUCAUCAUGGAAGAUGGAAAGGCCGUCGGUGUUCGAACUGUGCCAACAAAGCCUCUCCACCCAUCCCAACACUCCCGCACCUUCCGAGCACGCAAGAUGAUCGUCAUUUCCGGCGGAACACUCUCAUCUCCACUGAUCUUGCAACGCAGUGGUAUCGGUGACCCUGAGAAGCUGCAAAAGGCUGGCGUGAAGCCUAUCGUCGACCUACCUGGCGUCGGUCUGAAUUUCCAGGACCAUUACCUCACUUUUUCCACCUUCCGUGCCAAGCCUGACACUGAGAGCUUCGACGACUUCGUCCGCGGUGUCCCAGAAGUCCAGAAAGCGGUCUUCGACGAAUGGAAUCUCAAGGGUACUGGACCACUUGCCACCAAUGGCAUUGAGGCUGGUGUCAAAGUUCGUCCUACCGAGGAGGAACUCACGGAGAUGGAGAAGUGGCCUACCCCACAUUUCAAGAGUGGUUGGGACAGCUACUUUAAGAAUAAGCCUGACAAGCCGGUCAUGCAUUACUCGGUUAUUGCUGGAUGGUUUGGUGAUCACAUGUUGAUGCCACCCGGAAAGUUCUUCACCAUGUUUCACUUCCUUGAAUAUCCAUUCUCUCGUGGUGAGACCCACAUCGUGUCGCCUGAUCCAUAUGAAGCUCCAGACUUCGAUGCCGGCUUCAUGAACGAUGAGCGUGACAUGGCACCAAUGGUCUGGGGCUAUAUAAAAUCUCGUGAGACAGCCCGCCGCAUGGAAGCCUACGCCGGCGAGGUACAAGCAAUGCACCCCUUCUAUGCCUACGACUCGCCCGCCCGCGCCAAAGACAUGGACCUCGCAACCACCAAAGCCUACGCACUCCCCGGCAACCUGACAGCCGGGAUCCAGCACGGGUCUUGGUCUAUGCCCGUAGACUCAGGCCGUCCGUCGAAGCCGAGCUUAUUGAACAGUAACUCGCAGAGUGUGUAUGAGGAUCUGAAGUAUAGCAAAGAGGACAUUGCGCACAUCGAGGAGUGGGUAAAGAGGCAUGUUGAAACUACGUGGCAUAGUCUUGGUACAUGCUCCAUGGCGCCGAAAGAGGGAAACAGCAUCGUCAAGCAUGGUGUUCUUGAUGAGCGCCUUAAUGUCCACGGCGUCAAGAACCUCAAGGUCGCUGAUCUUUCCAUCUGCCCUGACAAUGUGGGGUGCAACACAUAUUCCACUGCUCUCUUGAUCGGCGAGAAGUGUGCUAUGCUCGUUGCCGAGGACCUAGGAUACAGUGGCGAGGCUCUUGAGAUGAAGGUCCCAAAUUAUCAUGCCCCAGGCGAGCUCUCGGGUCUUGCUUCGUUGAGACUUUGA